AUGCAUUGCUUGGUUGCAAUUUUCUUCCUGCUAUGCUGUAUUAACGUCUCUCCUUUACUGUGCAAUUCUGAGCGCAGCGCAAAUAUUACGUUUCUAUCUCUUCAGGAAAUAUUUGCGGAGGUAGAGUCAUUAACAUGUUUUAUGAAAGUGCAUUAUGAUUUGGGAUCACGCCAAGUAUUUUUGGUGGAAUUGUAUGGAUUGGAAGAAGAGGUGGCGGAUAGGGGGCUAACCGCGGACCAAAAGCGACCUUGUGCUUGCCCAGAGACGCAGGUGGAUUCAGGGGAUGGACUCCCUGCUUCUGCUGUGCCAGGACUGACUCGUAAAAUCAUUGUAUCCCGCACGUCGGUCCGGCCAAAAGCCUGCAAUCAAUUGACUGGGAGGUACAAGGGAGGCGGUUUGGAGUCGCCUCCAACAAAUAAGCUCCACAUGUCCACUCUGGGAGAACGGAAGUUCUCCCAAAAACCCAUGGGACUAGAGGCUUGCAACCUGCCCGUGGGUUUUAAAUUUCAUGCAAAAAACAGUAAUAGAAAAGAGUCUCCUGACUCCGGUAGAAAGCCUGGUACGGUAGCGCCAGGUAGGACGGGGUUGCAGGAGUCAUGUAGGCUACCGAAACGGAAAAGGACUAGGAUGACGAUCUGUACUUAUAACGCACGCACGCUUGCAUCGGAAGCGGCCAUCGAAGAUCUGAUGGUGCAAGCCAAGAAGAUCAAGUACGACGUCAUCGGACUGACCGAGACGAGACGACGUCACUCUCUCAACGCUGUAUUUGAAACUGGAGAAGAACUGUUCUUAGGAACAUGCGACAGUAGAGGUGUUGGUGGAGUUGGCGUCCUCGUCAACACGAGUAUGGCACAGAACAUCGACUCUUUCGAACAACUCACGACCCGAAUCGGACGUCUGCGGAUGAGAAGAUGUGGUCCCACACCGGCUUUGACUAUCUUCGUCGCUUACGCUCCAACAUCAAGCUACGAAGAAGAAGUCGAAGCUUUCUAUAUGGACCUGGAGAAGUUCUACCGAGAAGAUCAUGCCUUUUACAAGGUCAUAAUUGGCGACUUCAACGCCAAAGUUGGCCCAAGAAGAACGCCGGAGGAACUUCACAUCGGGACCCACGGCCUACAAUGGAAUGACCAGGGGGAGAGGCUUUCCGAGUUCAUCAUGACGACUAAGACCAUCCAUGGGAACUCGCAAUUCCAGAAGCCCUCCUCUCUACGCUGGACGUGGGAGUCACCCGGUGGAGGGUACCGUAAUGAGAUAGACCACAUCAUCGUCAAUAAAAGGUUCUGCCUGACGGAUGUCGCUGUUGUACCAAAGUUCUAUACGGGAUCGGACCAUCGCCUCCUCCGAGGAAGAUUUUCUUUCACGCGGAGAGCAGAGAAAGCCGCCAAGUUCAGCAAGAGAAAUCCCAGAACUACCAUCAACUGGGAUCUCUUCGCUACGUUAGCCGGCUUUUGGGAAGAUUCCGCAAUGGACAACAUCGACGAGGAAUACGACCGGCUUGUCAAACACCUUCAUGACUGCGCGAAGAAGGCUGAGAGUAUUAAAACAACCAAGAGACGCCUGUCUCUUGAAACUCUUGAGCUGAUACGCCAGCGUGGAGCAGCACGAGCCGCAGGGAACCAAGAGCUUACGUCCGAGCUCGCAAGGCUUUGCAGAGAGGCGAUAAAGAAAGACCUUAAAGAGAGAAGAGCAGAAGUGCUGGCUGAAGCAGCAGAGGCGGGAAAAAGCAUCCGCUAUGCCCGCCGAGACUUCGCCAGUCGCAAGACAAGGAUGACAGCUCUCCGGAACCCGAAGGGAACAACCAUUGCAUCGAGAAGGGGAAUGGAGAAAAUCAUCUACGACUUCUACUCUGAUCUCUUCGACAGCCGUGCCCACUUGCCUCCUCACCAUCUGAGGGAAGAUGGACAUGUCAUUCCAGCGGUUCUCCCGUCCGAAAUACGACAUGCUAUCAUGUCGGUGAGAAAUCGUACAGCAGCCGGUCCCGACAGAAUAAAACCAGAACACCUGAAGAACCUUCCGCCAGUACUCAUCAACACCCUGGCGAGGAUCUUCACACGUUACCUGUCGGAAUGCAAGGUCCCUAAACAGUGGAAGACCAGCAAGACCGUGUUGCUGUAUAAAAAGGAGAUCCACACGACAUCGGCAACUAUCGCCCAAUCUGCUUACUGUCCGUCAUCUACAAGCUCUUCACAAGAGUGA